CUGACUUCCUCUCAGUGCACUAGGCUAUACUCACUUCCUCCUAUAGUCCCCUGUGCCACUGUAUUUAGGGACAGUUUUAUUCAGACUACUACAGACAAUUUCCUGGACGCUCUUUUGGAUGAUGCACAUUAUUGGAAGCUGAAGGCAGAACAACAAUGCAGAACAUCAAGUGUGUCGUGGUGGGAGAUGGUGCCGUAGGGAAGACCUGCCUCCUGAUUUCCUUCACCACCAACGCCUUUCCUAAAGAAUACAUUCCCACUGUAUUUGACAACUACAGUGCACAGCUGGAGAUAGACUCCAAAAUCGUCAGUCUGAACCUGUGGGAUACCGCGGGACAGGAGGAAUAUGACCGUCUACGGACCCUCUCUUACCCACAGACCAACGUCUUCAUCAUCUGCUUCUGCGUCACCAGCCCCUCGUCCUACGAGAACGUCAAGCUAAAGUGGUACCCCGAGGUGUCAGAACACUGUCCUCAUGUGCCCAUCCUGCUGGUGGGGACUAAAACAGAUCUGAGAGAUGAUCCAGAGGUGCUGCAGAAGCUGAAAGAGAAGAACCUGUCCGCGGUGUCCCAGCAGCAGGGGGCGGCGCUGGCCCGACAAAUACAGGCCAAUAAGUACAUGGAGUGUUCGGCACUCAACCAGGACGGGGUGAAGGAAGUGUUUACAGAAGCAGUUCGCGCCUUCCUCCACCCCAAGCCAAAGGCCUCCAAGAAAUCAUGCGUGCUACUUUAAAUCUGAGGGGACCUGAACAUAUGUAUAUUUUUCACAUGUACUGUACAUGAAAAUCACACUUUAAAAAGGUACAAAUGUCUUUACAUUAUAUAACAAUAUCUAUUUUCUUUAAAAGACAAAUGCAGUAUAAAACAAGAAUUAUUAUUACAUACAUUAAUAUUGAAAAAUAUUAAUACUUAAAAAAAUGUUAGGUUUCAAAUAAUAUGAAUUAUGCAAAAUAACGACAAAAGUAAAGUAUGUGGACACUUUCUAGGUGUAAAACUUAUUGGAAUUUGUUUAUAGUUCAUGUGAUGAACUACAAGUUGGUAAAAAGGUUUCUCAGUGGUUCUGAGAAAAGUUCUAGCAUUAUUUUAUUUAAUUACUAUAUUUUUAAGUGAAACUUACAAGUCAAAAUAUGUGACCCGUGCUAGCAAAGUGAGUCAGAAUGCGGCAAAUUUCAAGCUACAGACAAAACAAGUAAAAAAUAUGAAAAUGUUGGUCUAAUUGGAGGUUUUCACAAAAAUUAAGUUUCUUAAAGGGUGGGUGUCACACACAGUUUCUGCCAACCUCAGGUUAAUCUUGAGCACAUAUAGAGUAAGAAUGCAUCCUUCAUAUCUCUGAAAAGUCUUUCGUUUUGUCAUAUUUAUAAAAGAUAGACACGCUAAACCAAGUUUUUCUGAAAAAAGCCGAGAUCCUGGAGGCGUGCUCUGUCAGUGCUGUGGGCGGAGCUAAAGAGUCACGUGCGCGCGCAGCUUCUGCGUACAGAUCACAUGCUAUCUGCGACAUCAUUAUAAAUACAAAGGUAACAAAAACGUUUGUGUUGUUUACAUUGCCAACAAAGACAUCUGAUGCAGCUUUACUCACCACCCGCGAUCUGCAAAUCCAGCGCCGAACUGGGACUUGUUUACAAAGUAUCACCGAAGUAUCACCGAAUUCCCGGGAACAAACAAACAUACAUGCACAACACAGUUGCUGCCCUGGAAAAACAAACUUCAUCCUCUGUUCCCUUAACGCUGGGUUCUUUGGGAAGCUGAAAUGGUAAUCUUUCCUUCGCAACCAAAAACACAGUUCCUUUGGUGACAGGAGCUGCGUCUCAUUUCGGAGGCUGCGUCCUUAGAAUUCUUAAAUGAGACUGCCUUGAUGAUGUAUGCAGCCUUCAAAGGAUGCAGUCCCUGAAUUGGGACACAGCCAUUGUUGAAAAAUCUCUCGGCUUCCGUAUCCCGAUCGAAACGUGUUGAUGGCCGUGCUCUUGCUCUUGGCGAUGUGUGCACAUGCUUAUCAGGGAGAAGUGCCAUUACAAGGAAUUAUGUUCUCUUUUGACGUCAUACAGGACAUACUCUAAAAAAAAACUCUCCGAAUUCUGUACUGAAACAGGAAGUAGUGGAUUUGUCGCAUUAAUACUCCGUCAUACGUCCAACUCGUGUUUUGAAACUUUGGCCAUUUAGCAUGAGAAUGCAACUCUUUAACAGUGUAAGUCAGAAUGCAUGAAAUAGCAUUAUAUAGCAAUCCCAAUGCUCUAAAAAGCUAUUAAACAUAUAAAAAUAUCUUUAUUUGUAUGUUUUCUGGAAGGAAUAUCUUUCAUUUGUCUAUGAAAAAUGCUUUUUGUUUUUUUUUCUUUUCUGCUCGCUUCUCAAUGACUGGUGCUUCCCCUCAGGACAAGUUUGGUAUUGUUUUAAAGCGCAGCAUUUAAACUUUGUUAAUAUUCAUAAGCGAAUUCUCGAUGGCAUGCGUCUGAACCAACGAAAUGUGAUUUUCAAACUCAUGCUUAUGUAAACAACAGAAUCUUACUCGAUCAGGGGUGCGUUUCCCAAAGCGAACUAUGGUCGCAAGUUCCGUCGUUACCAAUAGAGUUCAAUGGGACUUACGACCAUAGUUGGCUAACGAUGCUUUCGGGAAACGCACCCCUGGGUCGCAAAUUCCGUCGUUACCAUUAGAGUUCAUUGGGACUUACGACCAUGGUUCACCAACGAUGCUUUGGGGAAACGCGCCCCUGACUGACAGAUCCAAAGCGCGCACGCGCAAAGACGCCUCAGACAGCGCGCGAUACCGAUAUAUACAGCAUGUAUUUUCAAAAUAUCGGUCUUGGUAAAUAUUCACCAUUCUUAAGUGAACGUUUGGUUAAGUGUUGGAUAAAAAUCAUCUGAUGUGUAACAUUAUAUAAGGUCCGUGUGAUACAGUAGGUCUUCUUAACCUUCGAAAACUUUAACUCGAUUUUUCUCAAAAUUGACUUUGCUGACUCCAUCAACUUCAAACAGUUGUAGCUCAUUCAUUUUUUUUUUUUUUUUUUUUUUUUUUUUUUGACAGAUCCCAACAAAUCAUACAUCAUCUUGAAGGCUUUUUAAUAAGAGAAUGUGAACAUUUGCCUCAUUUUGACAGCACGGGUCACAUAUGUUUUGGGGUCACUGUAUAUGUUCAUUGUUACAAAAGAGAUAAAACAGAUUGUAGAUUUUGUAUAUGGUGAAUAAUAUAUCAUUAACAUGCAUUAAAAAGAAAAAAAAACACUCUAUAUUUUAAAGAUUUGUUACAAUAUAUGUAUAUAUUUGAUUCACUGUUUAUAGUAAGUAAAAUAAGCGAUGUUGACAGUCUCGCAUCCUUUAAGUUUCAAAUCACUGAGUCAUAUCUUUGAAUGUUCCCCACUUCUUCUUACUCAAUAUGUGUAUUUAAAUGUUUUUCUGUGUUACUCAAAGAUAAAUAUAACCAGCAAAUGUAGGCAAAGCUGUCACUGAUUCAAACUAUAUUGAUUAAUCAGUUUGUGAAUCAGUCAAUUCAUGAUAAACGAUCCAAAUAUUCUGGAUCAAGAAAGCACAACAUGGCAGAUAUGGAGACUGUUCAGUCCUGACUUUGCACGUAAAGCAAAACCUGCUUUUAAUAUGUUGUUCAUUUGCCUAUUUAAUCGUGAGAUUUGCUUGCAACCUCACUGCAGCACUUAGCUUUUAAAUCAUACUGUCGAACACGAGACAGAAAUUCUGUGCCAUUUCAGUUCAGACUAAUUUCACAUACACUGCCACAAUAUUAAAGGUUUCCAUAAAAUGCUGUCUUUGUACUUUUCUGCACACAUUAAUAAAAAGGAGGAACUGUUUAUGCAAA